GUCAACAGCAAGGACAGGAUGGAGUAAAAGUACAGCAAGCCACAAUAGCUCCAGUUACUGUGGCAGUAGGUGGCAUUGCUAAUGCAGCAAUUGGUGCUGUUAGUCCUGAUCAGAUAACGCAAGUGCAGCUGCAACAAGCUCAACAAGCUUCUGACCAGGAAGUGCAACCUGGCAAGAGAUUGAGAAGAGUUGCCUGCUCAUGUCCUAAUUGCAGAGAGGGAGAAGGAAGAGGCAGCAAUGAGCCAGGAAAAAAGAAACAACAUAUCUGCCAUAUUGAAGGAUGUGGAAAGGUUUAUGGCAAGACAUCUCAUCUUCGAGCACAUCUGCGCUGGCAUACCGGUGAAAGACCAUUUAUAUGCAACUGGAUUUUUUGUGGCAAGCGAUUUACAAGGAGUGAUGAGUUACAAAGACAUAGAAGAACCCACACAGGUGAAAAGAGAUUUGAAUGCCCAGAAUGCUCUAAAAGGUUUAUGCGAAGUGACCAUCUCUCGAAACAUGUCAAAACUCACCAGAACAAGAAGGGUGGUGGAACAGCCCUUGCUAUUGUUACCUCAGGAGAACUGGACUCGUCAGUUACUGAGGUUCUUGGUUCUCCAAGAAUUGUCACUGUUGCUGCCAUUUCUCAAGAUUCAAACCCAGCAACCCCUAAUGUUUCAACAAACAUGGAAGAAUUCUGA